AAUAAGCUUCCAUGUGAAUUCCCGGACUGUUCACGACGGCUAAAAAACUCGAGAAUUGGAUAUCCACAUGAGGAAACACCGAGGGGAAAAACCUUUUGCCUGCUCGGAAUGUGAUAAAGCCUACCUCUCCCGACAAGAUUUGCGCACGCAUAUGCGGUCGCAUACUGGCGUGCGUCCGUUCUCCUGUCAGGAAUGUCCCAAACGAUUUGCCCGCCACCAACAAUUCAAGAUUCACAUGACGGUUCACACCGGUGAGAAGGCCUUUCUCUGUCCGGAAUGUGGUGGAGCAUUCGGCUCCGAUUCCAGCUAAUCGAUCACCGGAAACGAAAACAUUUCGAGAUCCGCGAUUACAAAU